AAAAAUAUAACCUUAAAAGUUUAUAACUAAAAAUGCCCUUAGAUUAUCGUAGAUUCAAUGGACCCGAAGAUAGUGUUUCAUACAAACGUUACACAAACAAGUAUUAUAAAGGUUAUGAUGAACUUUAUAAGGAGCUGGUGGAUGACAAGGGUCGAAGGAAAGACGGUCGUGCACUAGAUGAAGCCCGAAGCAUGUGUAUGUUUUUUGCACGCACAGAUUUAAUUUCUCAAGCAAAAGGUUCUGCAUAUAUAGAAUUAAAGAAAACAAAAGUAGUAUGUUCAGUUUUUGAUCCUAGAGAAAUUCCUCAUCAAAAUGAAUUCAGUCAAUUAGGUCAGCUUUACUGUGAAGUGAAAUUUGCACCAUUUUCAUGUGCACAACAAAGGAGGCCACAUGUGGAUGCAGAGGAUAAAUCUUUGUCUGUUGCAUUGCGACAAGCUUUAGAACCAACAGUCUGCAGACAUUUGUUUCCAAAUUAUCAGGUAGAUGUAUUUGUCUACAUUUUAGAACAUGAUGGUGCCUGUUUGGCAGCAGCAAUCAAUGCUGCAGGACUUGCAUUAGCUAAUGCCUCAGUACCCAUGUACGACAUAAUCACUUCCAGUUCUGUAGCUAUUAUUGGCAAAAAAGUAUUUGUUGAUCCAACAGAAGCAGAGGAACACCUUGCUAUGAUGUCACCAGAGACAGAAGGUACAAACCAUGGCAUCAUCACAAUGUCAAUGUUGUCAGAAUUGAAACAAGUGUCAGACUUUGUGCAGAUUGGAUCAAUGGACAUUGAGUGUGUCACUGAGGCUAUGGAUAUUUUAGAAAAAGAAUGUGAAAAUAUUGUGCCCAAUAUACAAAAAGUUCUUGUACAUAAUGUUGUACAAUCUUUUAAUCAAAGAAAGCAAUUAGAGGCAGAAGCAAAGGAGAGAGAAAUCGCUUUAAAUGUAAAAAUGGAAGAGUGGAAAAAAUUAUUAAAUGCUGGAUGAAGUUUAAAUUGUGUUUUAUUUCUUUCCUGUCAUAAACAAAAUGCUAAUACUGACUAUAA